AACGGUUAGUAGGACUCGCCCAUUCAAGAUGGCACUCUGACGUCGCGUUGAAAUGUGUCAUUUUCGGGAAAUAAUUUGAUAUUGCUGAAUUUUGACGCUGUAUAACGCGAUGGGAACACCCGAGAAGUGUGAGUCGCUGUCCGUCGCACGCUUGGCGCUCAAUUUUCACUAUUUUUAAUUUCGGCGCAUAUUAAUUACGGUAAAUCGCGUUCGGUCUUUUUCGCGACCUCCAGUUUAAAGCGAGAAAUUAAGUUUUCAAGAAAAAUCAGUAGCUGGUAGAUAAACGAAGCUACGAUUUUUCAUCCACUAUUAUCAGCCGCACAAAACGUAACGUCAACCGAGGAGAACACCAUGGAAAAGUUUGCUGUGGAUAUCGACAAAGUACUUGACGAGCUCGAAUUCAACGAAGAUCGUGCUGAACAAAUUGCGUCUAUUCCAUUGCCUGGAAAUAACGUUAUAGUUGAUCGUCAAUCCCAAUGUUUACCUCAAAGAAAUCACAAUCAAGCAGCCUUUGAGACUGUGAUUGUGCCAAACGUAACACCAAGUGAGAGCCUAGAUGAAACGGCUGAUGUUCAUAGGAGUUCGGAUGUCAAAAGGUACGGGGAGUAUGAUAAAAACACUCGUGACUUAAAUAUUCAAAAAGGAUUUGCAAGAUACGACAGCACAGAUGUGGGGAAUAAUUUUUAUUCCCAGGAAUCCUCGUCAGCAAAUAAAAUACAGCACAAACAGUCUGUCGAAAGCUAUGAUUCUGACGCCCAAACGUUGACGAUACACAACGACAUAGCGCAAAAGCCUCUACAGAAAAAACAAAAUGAUGCUAGUGGUAUUAGUAGUAAUAGUAACAAUAGUAACAAUAGUACCAAAUUGAAAAAUAGUUACGACAAGAAAUUAAACCAGCCUAAUGCCAAACCAAGUGUGAGCAAUGUGUUUAGCAGUUUAAACGAAUACAUAAACGCAUCUAGUGCUAAAGUUGAUAAUGUAGAUAAUAUAGUUAUUCGAGAAGAUACCGGUCACAAGGUGCGCGAUGGAGAUUCACUUCAAAUUAGCGAUACGACAAAAGAUCUUAAUGUUGUUAAAGAUAACUGCGGUAACUCGUCGAGCUAUACUUCAGAGAGCAGAGUAGAAUCAAACAUAGAAUGCAGAAGAGACGCUGUUAGCAGUGUUAGAAAAAUCUCAACUGUCGUACCGCCAGAGUAUCAAAAUAUUUUAUUACCCGUUAAAUUAGAAACCGCGUUGUCCGACGCUAGAGAAACCAACGAAGUUAAACUUGAGGAGAAUAUCAGUUUGUUACCAAAUUUACGUGAAAUUGACAAAGAACCUUUGUAUACAAACACAACUUUGCCGACUGUUGUCGACAGGCCGAAAGAGUCAAAAAGUAUUAUAGACAGGCCUGAGCACGUUUACGAAAACGUUUACAUCGGCACGGACAUUCCGAAACCGCAGGAACUGUACACGACGGUUAAUAAAGCGAAACCGAAGCCACCCGAGCUCAAAGCUCAAGAAGAGAUAAAGCACACGUACGAAAAUGUGGACUUUGACGAGCCAAAGAAAGUGGGAAAGACUGAUGGCAAAGAAAACGUGUACGAGUGCAUAUAUAUUGGUAACAGAGAAAAUUUUCCAGAAACAACGACGGAGUUAGAAAUAGCAGCUAAAAAAAUAACCGACCAAUUACACGUGAGUGAGAAAAAUUCGGACACCGAGGCCAAAGGGAUUAAUCUUGCCAAGCUGGUAUUUCAAACUGUACAACUUGGCACACCGGAGACGGAAACCAAACCGGUCGGCUUCAGUCAUAUUGACGAUUUAUCGGAGGAAGAAUUGAACAAGUAUUUGGCAGAUUUGGAGGCUGAAGAAAGAGCCCAGGAAGCGACGACGUCAUUCGAAAAUUCGGUACCGAGCUCAUAUCGAGAUUCCGACAAUCUAGCGAAGAACAAAUUUCAAACUAUGCGUGACGAUGAGGACGCGAACGAAGCGCCAAUAUUUGAAAGUGUUACUAUUGGCGAAUUGCCGGAAGUAUCGAGUGUAGAAUUGUUGGAAAAAGCCAAAAAAUUUCCUGUCAUCGACUACAGUAAGAGCGGUCCGAGCAGCGAAGGGACUGCAGAUUUUUUAGUGAGGAAAGGUUCCGAAAAAUUUUCCGAACAUACAAAGGUUAUUUCCGAAGCGAAGGAAGAGAAGGGAAAGGGAAGAAAAAGCAAAAGGACCAAUGAGAAAAUGAGGAAAACCUCGGAUAAUUCGGAACCGAGUGCUGAAAACAUUAGAACUGAAGACGAUGAUCUGAAACCUGUCGAAGUCGAGGAGGUUAGCGUAGUCGCGGUAGAAAGUCCAGACGAGAGCCUGGAAACUCAUGAAAUUGCGUCUGGGUCAGAAAUCAGCCAACAGGCGGAAGAAUCCGGAAUGGAAAAAGAUAAGAGCUUGCCCAAAUCUGAGCAAGAAUACCAAAUCGUUGAUACAAACUUGAAUCAAAAUUCAAAAUUGACCGGUAAGGACGAAGAUGCGGAGACCGAAACCAACCAGAUUAUCUCUGUCCCCGAUAUGAUGACCGGUACAAAUUUGAACAACCCAAAUAAUGCACAUGCUUCCGAAUUAUCUGCCAAUAAUAGCAGCUCCAUUCCCAACGACGUCCAGCAGUCGUCAGAAAAUAACGUUCAGACCCGAAUUGACGAUAUUCCAACAGAUGUUGAAAACUGUGAAGUUAGUCCUGAAAACAACACAGAUCCUGUGGAAAACGACGAAGGCACAGAACGACCUACCAGACCCCUAACCUUGGACAUCGUAUCAACGGUCAAUAUGGACGAGCAAAAUGUUACAGGAUUUCCUGGUGUAACCCCUGGAAGGCUUGAGCGAGUCAAUCUGGAUACCGAAAGAGAAACAGAAACUUCUCCCAAUGCUUCUGAAACCUCGUCGUUGGAGUCUGGUAUGGUUCUGGGAAAGCAGCCGCCGUUUUGGGUGCCCGAUAGUGAGGCACCUUUCUGCAUGCUAUGCGAAGCAAAAUUUACCGUCCUCAAGAGGCGGCACCAUUGUCGUGCUUGUGGCAAAGUGUUGUGCAGUAAAUGCUGCGGCAUGAAAUACCGACUGGAGUACCAAGGCAACAUUGAUUCGCGAGUCUGUCUUCCUUGUUAUCAGUUACUUGUCAGAGCCGAGGCUGAAGAUGGUGGCGGAGAUCUACAAAGCGGUUAUGCAAACUUUUCCGGGCACGAUAUUAACUCGCCGAAUGGAAGACAGCCAAAUCCAAAUAAUCCGAUGGAGUAUUGCUCGACUAUACCACCUUUGCAACAGUUAGCCGGUGGAUUGCCGUCGCCGCCAACUGUCAUGGUCCCAGUUGGGGUGCUUAAGAGAGAAGGGAGCACGAAACAACGACCCGAGGGACAAAAAUCUGUCAUGUUUAGCGACGGAAUAAGGCCUGGCUGUGACCUGACAGAACUUGAUUCAUCCUGGGAUCCAAAACCACCGUAUCGGAAAGCUGGAAAUAAACGAUUGCCUACUCCCCCAGGGCCAUCAUCCGCUUCCACGAUGGCUAAGCGGCAGAAUCUUCCGCCACUAGAUCCUGAAACGAACAGUUACAUACCACAGGACACGAAUCUGUUGCCGCCAACUGUAACUAUACACAAAGGGCAAAUUAGUUAUCACGAUGUCUUGGACCAAACGCGGCUGUACGAAUCGUUGAAGAACGAGUGCGAACCACCAAUAAUGUUUGCUAUAAACAGGAAUCUCUAUGCUUACGUGAAAAUAACAAAUUUAAGUUGUUGCGUCAACAGGAUAUGCUGGAAUAUAACGUCUAGAGGCUUGGCCUGUGUAGGUCAGGAUGAAGUUAUUUUUUUAGUAGAAACGUUACCUGACGAAACACUUAUUCCAAAGGAUCUUCUUAUUCAUAUCAAUUUGAUAUACGUUGAGGCGAUCAAAGGCAAUACCAUUACUGAACUUGGCGUAUCGAUACACCAGGGUGGAAAUUUGUUAGGGUCUCGAGAACACGCAGGAUUUAUUUUUAUUCGUCAAACUUUCCAAUGUCUACAGAGAAUUGUAUUACCACCUCCGCCGUUCCUUGUUGGUCUUCUCGUUCACAGAUGGGAAACGCCGUGGGCUAAAGUUUUCCCACUUCGAUUGAUGUUGCGUCUUGGUGCCGAGUAUCGAUACUAUCCCUGUCCUCUGGUUUCAGUUAGGUUUCGAGACGCUGUCUAUUCAGAAAUUGGACAUACAAUAAUGAAAGUACUGGCUGACUUUAGAAACUUUGCCUAUACUUUGCCCGGCGUAAGAGGCCUCGCCAUUCACAUGCAGGACAGAACUACCGAUGUAAUGUUUCCGAAAAAUCGAUACGACCAAGUUAUCAGGGGUCUUAACAAUUCGAAUGACCAUGUACUCGCGUACGCGUCAAACUUUAGUAUAAAUGCAGAUUCCCACUUGGUUUGCAUACAGACAAAUACAGGUGACGAAAGCAACUAUCAAACGCAGGCAAUUAAUAUCCAUAACAAACCAAGAAGAGUCACUGGAGCUAGUUUCGUCGUCAUCAAUGGUGCGUUGAAAUCCUCAAUGGGACUAUCGGCAAAGUCGAGCAUAGUCGAGGACGGCUUGAUGGUACAAAUAAUGCCGGAAAAAAUGGAGGCUUUAAAGGCAGCUUUAAAAAAUAUGCAAGACUUCUCCAUCGGUUGCGGUCCGCAAGGUGCUCCAGAACCGGACGAAACUGUAAAUAUCAAAUGGGUCGAUAACGACAUGCAGUUCAACGUUGGAGUGAAGAGUCCUAUCGACAGCAAACCAAUGGACGGUGUACCGUCAAUCAGAGUUCACAAUGGUACCGACUACAUGGGAACCAGCCGUUUCAUACGCUGGACAGAAGUGUUUAUCAUCAGGUCCGACGACCAUCCAAACGGCGUUCACGAUCCUGUGGACAUUAACAGACUUUCAGAAAAUAUUGCACGAGCGACUUGUGCAGCAUUAGUCAAGUUAUUGGAUCUACUAGCCACAGCUGGCCUAAGUAAAAUUGCAGUAAGAUCCACUAUACACCCUGACAAUGUUGGCUAUGAGGCGGGUAGUGAAGGAACGCGAUUACCACCUAUUUACAUGAAGAGUCUUGACAACGAACUGAUCCAAGUACUCCACAAGGCUGCUCAGAGCAGUCAAGAUACAUACACAGUGCUAGAAUUGAUAUUUCAUGUACUAGAUGACUGAAGGUGAUGAUAUAUUUAGUGCCAGAUUAAAAAUUGGUUAUUUACAUUUCUUCACAUCAAGCUGUUUACUGCGAUAUAAAAUAUCACGAGAUCUCGAAUUAGGUAUAGUAACAUAAAAACAGUGAGUAGGAAACCAUCAUUAUAGAAGACUUAAUUGGUACAUAUUAAGUGUCGCUUACAAUGCAAUGUAUGUUUAAAAAGAUUUCGAGAUAAUCAUUACUAGAUUUUCAUCAGUGUUGAAUUUUAUCUGCAGACGAUUUGUCAGUCAAUAUUUAAAAUGAAAAAAAAAGCUGAAGAAACGUCAGCAUACAUCAUUCGGCCAUUAUUAUUUGUGUAACAAUUCACAUUCUUGAAAUGUGGAGGUAAUUUUUUUGUCUUUACCAAUCAAGGAAAAUUCUUCAACUUUUCGUGAUUUUGGUGAAAGCAUUUUAUUCGUAGCUUCGUAUAAUUUGAUAGGUAUUAAAUUACGUGCAAUGAUUUUUGAUAAUCACUUGUAUAUGGUGCUUUGUCCAAACACUGGCAAGGAAAGAUUGUUGAAUAGAUCCAACCGAACUAAGGCUUCAAAUUUAUUACGUUGAAAAUAAAACAUUUCUCUUCUAAUCUUUUUGUAGUUGAACAUUUCUAAAUAACGACACAUUUGAACACUUUCUUACAUAAAGUAAUUCUGAACCAAAUAUGAUGGUAAAAACAAUAUUGUAUUUCUUGACUUUAAAUCUUCGACUGAAAAAGUGAAAAGCUAUUGUAAAAUUUUCAAGCGGCUGCCUAAAGUUGGCAACGAAAAUUGGUAAGGUUCGAUUGUGGGACAGUUUUUUGUGAAGAAAACUGAAAAAAUUUGUUAUAAAAUUAAUGAGUCAUUUACACAAUGAUCACAAAAUAUAAGCGUGCAGAUUAUAUUUAUUACAGGAUGCACGUUAAAAUUUCAUCUACAGAGUAUGUUACGUUUGCAUUCACAUUUUUAUAGUUUAACUCGCGACUAAACAAUUUGUACGCAAAAAAUAAUGUUAUAUAAUCUUUGUAAUGUCGAAUGUUUUUAAUUAUUCAAAGUUUUAUUGUAUAUUUUGUUAAUUCUUGAGAAAGAGAAGUGGCAUGAUAAUGAGAAAAAAAGAAAAGGAAAAUGCUAAUGACGAUUAUUAACAAGGUAAAAGAUGCAAUUUUUCACGACAACCGAAAUGAUAUAGUUGUUUUUUGUAUAGAUUAAAAUUUCUACCCCCACCUUAUAAAUGUAUUUUGUAUCCAGCGUUGUCUAACAGGCAGCAUCACACUUCUAGUCUCAAUCAUCCCUGUUCAAUAGAUUAUCAAUACCUUCAAUCACACCACUUGAAUUUUACAGAUCGCCUUCCAUUUCUGCAACGCGAUGAUUGAAUGUUAUCCAGAAGUUUGAUGUAGUCUUAAAUUAAACGCUGAAUGCAAAAUUAUUGGAAGAUGAAGAGUGAAACGAAAUCCUCACGACUCAUUAUCCGUCCUGGAUUAAAGUUUUUGUGAUUUCGUUGUAAUAUUUUCGCAACACCAAGAUAUUCACUAUACCUAUAAGAUGUAUCUAUAUCAUGUAUAUACAUAUGAAUAAAGAUUCAAAUUGUACAUAUUAUAAAAAUCAA